UCUAACUUUUCUUCUAUUCCCUCUAGUUUUAACAAUAUCCAAACACCCCCUGAAUAUCAAGGACAGGCUGCACGGACUGUUGUUCUUCUCCAAAUUCCCAUUCCUUUCUUUUACUAAGCUCUAAAGAAGUUACAGAAAUGAUGUCCAGAUAUGACGAGAAAGAUUUUCUGGCUUGUUGUGGGAGCACCAGAUUCGCCAGGGAAAUGGCAUCAGCCGCUCCCUUCUCCGACUGCGACGCUGCCGCAAUGGCCGCCAGAGACAUUUGGUUCAACAAGGCAUCCCGCUGCAUCUUUUCUUCUUUCUCGUAUAUUUUCCAAUUUUCACUAUCAUAGAUUGAAAUUGAUCUCAGUUUGAUUUCUCAGGUCGAUGUAAACGGCUGGCUCGAAGCUUUCGCUGCUCAUCCCCAAAUCGGCCGUAUGCCAUCACAGAAUCAUAAAAGCCCAACUAGUGCACAGUGGAGUAAGGGAGAGCAGGCAACAGCCCUAGCUACUGCCACUGAUUCUAGCUUACAGGAACUAAGUGAGUGGAAUGCUCGCUACAUGGAUAAGUUUGGAUUCGUCUUCCUAAUAUGUGCUUCUGGAAGAAGUACCUCUGACAUACUUACUGAGUUGAAGAGACGUUAUGAACACAGACCUAUUAUUGAGCUUGAAAUAGCAGCCGGGGAGCAAAUGAGAAUAACUGAGUUACGCCUGGCCAAGCUCUUUCAAGCUGAAUUAGAUGGCGCCAUUGUGUCUAAAGCUCAUUCAAUUACGGAUACUUCUAAAUUAGAAGAUCGCAUGAACAUCAUUGGAGCACAUUUGAGAGGUCAAAUAGGGAAACCAGCUCACAUUCCGCCCAGGAGCCGCCCGCCCAUCACAACCCACAUUCUUGAUGUUGCACGUGGAUGCCCUGCCAAAGGUGUUGAGGUGCUAUUGGAGGUGUGGAAAGGAAACCAACCACGGCCCAACUUUGGAGGAGCGGAUAAAGGUGGUUGGGUUUUGCAAGGGUCAUCGGCUACCGACAAAGAUGGCCGGUCCGGUCAUUUGAUGAAGUUGGUUGAAGAUUUGGACCCAGGAGUGUAUCGGAUAAGCUUCAACACUGGCAAGUAUAAUCCUGAUGGGUUUUUCCCCUUCGUCUCCAUUGUGUUUGAGAUCAGAGAGUCUCAGAAAUGGGAGCAUUUUCAUGUCCCUCUCUUGCUUUCUCCAUUCUCCUUCUCUACUUACAGAGGCAGCUAAUUAAGUAGACCGUUACAGUGUUCUGCCAAUCCUUAUUAUGUUAUGUAUAAUAAAGUAAGCUGGAUGGGGGAUACGUAUAUGCUCUUACAUUAUUACUCUGUAUAUUAUGUUCAUUGAAUUUGUGGUACUCUGUAGUCCGUGCUAAUUUUUUUAUGCGUAAAUUUUAUCCAUG